CUUUAAAUACUUAAACCCUCUCCCUUUUGACCAAAGUGAACCUCUUCUUUACGUAUUCCCUAAAACCCUAAUCGCCGCCAUUAACGCCACCUUCAGCUACCACUAAUAAACUAGAAGAUGAGAACCCUAGACGAACAAGAAACCACCAUCGUCUUCGAGAAGCUCUUCAAGUUCGUCGGCAACAACCUCAAGAACAUCGUCGACAACCCAUCGUACGAAGGCCCCGCCCAGGACCCGCUCCCAGGCCGCUACUGCUUCCGCCUCCAGAAGAAUCGUGUAUACUACGCUAGUGAAUCACUCGUGAAACGCGCAACAAACGUUUCGAAGGAGCUGUUGGUUUCGCUAGGAGUACAAGUUGGGAAGUUCACCCACAAUGGCAACUUCCAUCUCACAAUUCACGCUCUAUCUAUCCUGGCCCCGAACGCGAAGCACAAGGUAUGGCUUAAACCUACCUCGGAGAUGUCAUUUUUGUAUGGGAAUGCUGUGUUGAAGGCUCAUUUAGGGAGGAUUACGGAAGAUAUUAAUGCUGGUGAUGGGAUUGUUGUUUAUUCUAUGUCUGAUGUUCCUUUGGGUUUCGGAAUCGCCACCAAAUCGACCAAGGAUGUUCGUAAAUCGGACCCACAAACUAUGGUGGUUAUUCAUCAGGGUGAUAUUGGUGAGUAUUUGAGGUUGGAGGACGAGCUUUGAUUUUGUUGGGUUUUUGGAUCGAAGUGAGACAUUUUUGUUAGUAGGUAUGUAUGACUUGUGAUAUUAGUCCGAAACGUUUGUUUCUAUAUUUGUUCAUUCGAGCUGCAAUGGCUGUGCUUAAUCCAUCCUAUUUUGUAUGUUUGUCGAUUGAUAAACUGUUGGAUUAUAAAAUCACUAUUUAUAGCAAACACGACAAACUGUUGGAUUAUAAAAGCUCUCUUUAUAUAUAUGUUUGUGAUUGACAA